AAAGUGACAGAAUAUCUCCCGCUGAUUGACUGAAUUCCUUAAACUGCAUCUUACGUCAAGACCACUCCAAUUAAUGCAACUUGAGGCUAUUUUUGUCUAAGCCUUGCACGACUUCAAUGGAAUAUUUUUGUAAUUUGCACCGGGUGACAUUCCUAUUCAUAAAUCAACCCCGGGUGUUCCGUUCUUCCUGACGUCUUUCCCUUCCACAAAUGACUGCGUGGUACCGGUUAUAAAGAACUUUUAUUAUUACUUUAUGUAUCGUUAAGUCCAGUUAGGUAACAUUUCUGGCGUCAGGUGAGGUCUUCCGGAAAGUGUCACGUUCAUUUGCUUCUAAAAGUCAGUCCUGAUGUGCCUGGAUUUGGUAUCGCUAUUUGUGAUAUAACACAGACUGUGCAUCUGCUAUAAAUGUGUUGUUCCAUUCUUCUGAUGCAUUUUAGUUCUUGGUGGUUUAAUUUCUGCGACGUUUUCUAUUCACCAAUUUAUCUUUAUGUGAUCUUUUUCACUCGAACCACCUGCUGUCAAAUUUUGAAGUUUCUAAAAGCAAUUUUCUAAUAUUGUCACUUGCGGCGCCUUUAGCCAGCGCUUCAGAUUGUAAAGGCUACUGACUUCGAGGGGUGCGGACAUCUUUUCCCAGAGUGGAGUAAACGGUAGAACUUGCAAGAACUGGAAUAAUUUACUGUAAACGAAUUUGAGUAGUUUAAUUUCUCAUCCAGGGAUACUGUUGUCUAUCAGAAAGUGAACUGAACGUUGCGGGUAAGUUUGGUGAGUUGGCAUACAGCCUUUUGUAACCGUGGGGUACCUGACAGCUUCCCAGUAAAGGGAUCGCUGCUGCAGCCCUUGAAGCAGUAGCAGGGCUAUUGAAUGGGCGCUGUCCGCGGUCCUGAAUUGGAAGGCGCUGCGUUAAACACGAAGUCUAAAUGCAGUAAUAUUUGAGCGGAAAACACAGUAAGCACGCCUUACAGAAGAUGGCAAUCCAUGCGGAAGGGGUGGCAGCUAUCAUUCUUUUUUACCUGCUGAUACUCGCUGUUGGAAUCUGGGCUGCCAGGAAAAACAAGCGCACAGAAGCGGAGGGCAUGGGCGGCAGCGAAGCCAUUAUGGUGGGAGGGCGAGACAUAGGACUACUGGUUGGAGGAUUUACUAUGACUGCUACCUGGGUAGGAGGUGGUUAUAUAAACGGGACAGCAGAAGCAGUAUAUGUGCCAGGGUACGGAUUGAUUCAAGCUCAAGCUCCCUUUGGUUAUGCUUUAAGCCUGGUCUUAGGUGGUCUGUUCUUUGCAAAACCAAUGCGUUCCAAGGGUUAUGUGACCAUGUUAGAUCCUUUUCAGCAGCUUUUUGGCAAGCGUAUGGUGGGGCUCCUUUUCAUCCCUGCAUUAAUGGGAGAGAUGUUCUGGUCAGCUGCUAUCCUGUCAGCAUUAGGUGCAACCCUAAGUGUGAUAAUUGACAUCAACAUAAACAUGUCGGUAAUUAUUUCUGCCUUGAUUGCAGUAUUUUACACUUUGGUUGGUGGACUGUACUCAGUUGCAUAUACUGAUGUGGUUCAGUUAUUUUGCAUCUUUAUUGGGCUGUGGAUCAGUAUACCCUAUGCACUCAGAAAUCCAGCAGUUACUGAUAUCGGGUUUACUGCAGUUCAGUAUGUUUAUCAAGAACCAUGGCUUGGGACUCUGAAUUCAGAAGAUGUUGCUUCAUGGAUUGAUAACUUUCUUUUACUGAUGUUGGGGGGGAUUCCUUGGCAAGUUUAUUUUCAGAGAGUCCUUUCAGCAUCUUCUGCUACAUAUGCUCAGGUACUUUCCUUCCUUGCUGCUAUGGGUUGUUUGGUGAUGGCCUUACCUUCAAUUCUCAUUGGUGCUGUUGGAGCUUCAACAGAUUGGAAUCAGACCACAUAUGGUUUACCAGAGCCGGUGAAUAGAAAUGAAUCAGAGAUGAUUUUACCAAUUGUAAUGGAGCACCUCUGCCCACCGUAUAUCUCAUUUUUUGGCCUUGGAGCAGUGUCAGCAGCUGUAAUGUCAUCUGCUGAUUCAUCAAUUCUCUCAGCAAGCUCAAUGUUUGCUCGCAAUAUCUAUCAGCUUUCCUUUAGACAAAAGGCUUCAGACAGAGAAAUUGUUUGGGUGAUGCGAAUCACCAUUUUUCUCUUUGGUGCUGGUGCAACGGCUAUGGCAUUACUGACUCAGUCAGUUUAUGGACUAUGGUACUUAAGUUCUGACCUCGUCUAUGUCAUUAUCUUCCCGCAGCUGCUCUGCGUACUUUUCAUCAAAGGAACUAAUACAUACGGCUCUAUUGCAGGAUAUAUAACCGGUCUUCUGUUCAGACUAAGUGGAGGAGAACCCUAUCUUCAGUUUCAGCCCAUCAUCUGCUACCCAGGAUGUUACUUAAAUGAUAAUGUUUAUAUUCAGAGAUUUCCAUUCAAGACCAUGUCCAUGGUGCUCUCAUUCAUAACAAAUGUUCUAGUAUCCUACACAGCAAAAUACAUGUUUGAAACUGGAUCUUUGUCUCCAAAGUUUGAUAUUUUGGAUGCAGUUGUUGCAAAGCACAGUAAAGAAAAUAUGGAUAAAACAACCCUUGUUAACAAUGACAAUAUCAUAUUAUCAGAACUUGCGCCUGUCAAACCAAGACUUAGUACAACUCUAGCUGGUGGCUUUACAAACAGAGAAGCCUAUGACGAGAUGGAUUCAAGCCCAGAAUCACCCGACAAAGUUAGUGAUUAAUGUUAGUUUUUUUCUGAAUUCCAUUACUGUGUGCAAAGUAUUUAAAUAUGUACAGAGAGUAAAAAUGACAAGUAUUGUUUUAGCAAUUAUAUUUUUUUAUUAUUUAGACAACCUUGUACAGUAUCAUGUUCCUUAAAAUGACUACAACACAAGGUCAUUUACUAUUUUUUUAAAGUGCGUGGAAUUAGUGAUGCUGUAUCUGUACUGAUUAAACUAUAAGCAAACCUUUUAGAAUGCUUAAGUUAUAGAAUGUACGCAAGGCAAGGUUGCAAAGCAGAGAUGUUGGCUUCUAAUGUAUGCACAAUAACCUUUUACAAAAUUGUAUAAGUCUCAUUAAUUAUACAGUAACACAGUCUAUCAAUCUGGGUAUUGUAUGCAUGCAUGUGUAUGUGUGUAUACAAGUAAGAGUGUGUAUGUUUGGAUGUGUGCAUCUGUGUCUGUAUGCAUGUGUGUCUGUAUGUCAGUGCUCAAUACAUGCAUUUCAUUACUCAUCUGCAGUGUAAUGAAAGGAUACACUUUUAUUUCCAGUUCACAAUUAUGAGAAAUGAAAGGACUACUGCUUCCUAAAUGUUAAUAGCACCUGCACUUCAUUCUUACCUUUUUGUUAAUUUUAUAUCACUUUUACUUGAUUUCCUGUUAAUUAAAUAGAUUUUCUUAGGUCUAGAAUGACUGAACAAGAUCUAUUACAUUAAUGGUAGCUUUCAAUGAAUCAUACAAAAAUCCUAAACCUUACAAAGCAACAUGUUUUCAUGGAGAAAAGCCCUUCAUAAACAUCAAUGCAAGUGGGGUGGUCCCUAUAUUUAAUUUUUAGGUAUGAUCAUCUAUGGGGAUACUGUACUCUAGGGGCAAGUUGCCCCUGUAAUAGUGCUACUACUGUGUUUGGCAAGAUUUGUCCAGUCUGCCAAAAACAUAUUUCAUUCUCAAAGUUCUUUGCAUAUUCUACAACCAUUCUGGAACUGCAAUAAAAAGGAAUCAUUUGUUCACAUUAUCCAUUCUCACUUUAGGAGGCCUUACUAACACUGAGCUAUUCAACCACCCAGUUAACCAGUGUUUUAGCAGCAAUACACUUAAUAAUAAGCCAACAGAUAUUCUAAUGUUUUCUGCAUUGUAUUGUAUAAUACUAAAUUCAUUGCAUGGUGCCUUCAUGUAUCCAUUUCUUGUGUGUUAAAGUGAGAAAACAGUGGACUAUCAAGCCAUGACUUAAUUCUGUGAACACAUAAUGUGACCUCAUUUCAAUGUUCUGGCUACACACAC